AUGGCAGAGACGCUGCUCGAAGCCGUCAGCAACAAAGCUGGCCUGCGCAAGAUCCGCAGGCUGGUCGAGGAUGGAUGUGAUAUCACGGCCCAGGACCCCUUCGGCAAGACGGCGCUGCACUGCGCUCUCGAACUCCAGCACGGCGAUGUCUGCGAGUAUCUGGUCGGCAAGAUGGCAGAGCAGGGCAGACGCCUGUCCGCCAGGCUCCCGCAAGCAGUAACCAGCUGGGCGAGAGAAGAGCGCUGGUUCCCGGCCUUGGAAUCGGUCGUGCCAGUGCGAGACGGGAGCACCAGCCUGACCAGAGACGGCUACCUGGCGCUGCUGGAGUUCCUGGCCGAGUCCCUUGGGCUGCCCGAGACUAUCGUGGCUAAGAUCCUCGACGACGCAGAGUUCUGGGUGACGGACGCUGCUCGGCGUGAAGACGAGAUUUAUAUCGACGAGGACAUGCGGGUCAAGCCGUAUAUCAAGCUCAGGAGCACGGCGCUGCAGGGCUAUCUGCGCAGAAUAGACAUCGUCACCGUCUCGCACGACCAAGGAUGGAGCUCAGAGGGCAUACACAACUCGUAUAUGGGGUCUUACACCUGGUUUGACCUUGGAGUGAUUCGACAUGGAGAGGAAGAGGAAGAAGAGGAGGAAGAAGAAGACGAUUAUUGUUAUUGUUUUUAUGGUGAAUUUGAAGAUGAUGAAGAAGAUGAUGAUGAAGAUGAUGAAGAUGAAGGCGAAUAUGAAGGUGAAGGAGAAGCCGAAGAAGAAGGGAAGAAAAAAGACAUUCUCGAGCUACAGUCCAAUGUAUGCGCUUCAGACAAACGCCGAACUCACUACAACGAGAUUCGCCCUCGCGCUCCGGCCAUUGCAGACUGGAUGGACAGUAUCAAGCCGGGAGACUGCAUAGCCGUCUAUCCAAGGGCUAAGUACAAUGCUUGGGUCAACUACGUCAAGUGCGUAGAGAUAAAGCUGUGGUAUGCACAGUGGCAUAUAUAA